ACAAAUUCUCUUUUACAGUCUUAUGCUCUUUUCCUAAAACCCUAGUAACCAUUAUCACUACUAUUAACCAUCGGAGCUUCUUCUGAGCUCUCUUCUAUCCCCAAUUUCCGAUGGCCAACCCAUCGGAGUCUCUCGUCUCCAUCGCCGGGUUGGUCUCCACUCAGUCCACCUCGAUUCGGGUUCGGAUCUUCCGAUAUGAUAUUCUUGCCAUUGUCAACAAUUCAGAGAUGAAUUCUGAGCUGGCAUCCAGUUUAGUAGAUGUUAUAUUUAAGACAUUGUACAUUUAUGAUGAUCGAGGUUCAAGGAGAGCUGUAGAUGACAUUAUUAUAAAGUCUCUGGGUGACACUAUUUUCAUGAAAAGCUUUGCGGGAGCUCUCGUUCAAUCAAUGGAGAAGCAGGGAAAGGUUCAGUCAUACGUUGGUGGCUUAAGGCUUCUUCAAUGGUCGUUAUUUCUCCUUACGAAGAGUCAGUUUGCUACAGUUUCGAAGAAUGCGUGUUGUAGGGUAGCCACAGCACAGGCUUCGCUGAUCCAUCUCCUUAUGCAAAGAUCUUUUCGGGAGAGAAGGGCUUGCAAACGGACGUUUUUUCAGUUAUUUUCUCAGUCACCAGACAUCUACAAAAUGUAUAUAGAGGAAUUAAAGGUCGGGCGGAUCCCAUACAUGGAUAGUCCUGAAUUUAUAGGGUUAUUAAUGGAGUUCUCGAGUACUUCGAGUAAAUCAUCUUCCUUAGUUGAACAGUUCAAGCCAACAUUUCUUGAUAUAUACGUUAAAGCAGUCCUAAAUGCCAGAGAGAAGCCUGCAAGGGGUCUUAGUGAGGCAUUUCAACCCCUUUUUACACAUAUGUUGCAUGAAGAUUUUCAAAAUACUGUGGUUCCAGCUUCUCUUAAAAUGCUGAAGCGGAACCCUGAGAUUGUAUUGGAGUCUAUUGGAAUUCUUUUAAAAUCAGUCAGCCUGGACUUGAGCAAGUAUGCUCUGGAGAUUCUUUCUGUGGUGUUGCCACAGGCUCGGCAUGCAGAUGAGGGCAGAAGGAUUGAGGCAUUGGCAAUAGUAGGGUGUUUGAGCAAAAAGUCGAGUAAUCCAGAUGCUUUGGAAGCAAUGUUUAAUGCUGUAAAAUCUGUGCUUGGAGGCUCAGAAGGAAGACUUGCAUUUCCUUACCAGAGAAUCGGACUGAUCAAUGUGCUGCAAGAAUUGUCUAAUGCUCCUGAUGGGAAACACCUCAAUAGCCUAUCACAGACCGUGUGCAGCUUCCUUCUGUCUUUCUACAAGGAUGACGGCAAUGAGGAGGUUAAGCUGGCAACUCUGUCUACUUUGGGAUCUUGGGCAGCACACUAUGCUGAUGUUGUUCAACCCGACGUUGUUUCAUUCAUUGCUUCUGGUCUUAAGGAGAAGGAAGCAUUAAGAAGGGGGCACCUCCGUUGUCUACGAGCAUUAUGCAAAAAUGCUGAUGCUGUUUUGCGGAUCUCAUCAUUGCUGGCUCCUCUUAUCCAACUUGUGAAAACUGGUUUCACAAAGGCAGUUCAACGUCUAGAUGGCAUAUACGCUUUACUUUUAGUUGGGAAAAUUGCAGCUGUUGACAUCAAAGCAGAGGAAACUGUUGUGAAGGAAAAAAUAUGGUCUUUGGUUUCUCAAAACGAGCCUUCUCUUGUACCAAUAACUAUGGCCUCAAAAUUAUCAACUGAAGAUUGUAUGACAUGUAUUGAUCUUCUUGAGGUUCUGGUGGUAGAACAUUUGCACAGGAUUGUAGAUGCCUUUUCUAUGAGAUCACUUUUACAGUUUGUAAUCUUUUUGGUAUGCCACCCAAGUUGGGAAAUUCGAAGAAGGGCUUAUGAUGCUAUCAAAAAGAUAAUUGCUGCUGCCCCACAGUUAACUGAAACUCUAUUAUUUGAAUUUAUGAAUUUUUUGUCUCUUGCUGCGGAAAAACUCUUGAUUACAAAAACAAGUGACACAGAUAAUUCAUUGGACACUCAAGUGCCCUUUCUUCCACCUGUUGAGGUUUCGGUCAAGGCUUUAAUAGUGAUAUCAUCAGCAGCUCUUGCUGUUGAUCCAAGUGCAUCCAUGCAAGUUAUGCUCUGUGCACAUCAUCCAUACAUUGUUGGCACUGCAAAAAGGGAUGCAGUUUGGAGGAGGCUGCGUAAAUGCUGUCAAACAUGUGGUUUUGAUGUCAUUGGUAUUAUUUCAGCUGAUAUUGAGAAAUUAUGCAAGGGCCUACUUGGACCAACGGGGUUGAUGAGUGCCAAUCCAAGUACACAACAAGCAGCAAUUUUCUCGCUAUCAACUUUAAUGUCUAUAUCUCCUGGAGAAACGUACACAGAGUUUGAAAAGCACUUGAAAAGUCUUCCAGACAGACAAUCACACGAUCUUCUUUCUGAAGAUGACAUUCGGAUUUUUCACACUCCUGAAGGGAUGCUUUCCAAUGAACAAGGUGUAUAUGUUGCAGAGUCUGUUGCUACUAAGAACAUGAAGCAAGCUAAGGGCCGUUUUCGGAUGUAUGAAGAUGAAGAUGAUGCAGGUAAUGGUAUUUCCAAUAAUUCUGUGAAAAGAGAGCAAGCUGCUGGGAAGAGGGAGCCUAUAAAGUCAACAAAGAAAGCUGACAAAGGAAAGACUGCAAAAGAGGAGGCACGUGAGUUACUACUUAGGGAGGAGGCAUCAAUACGGGAGAGUGUGCGACAAAUACAAAAAAAUCUCUCUGUGAUUCUUAGGGCUCUUGGCGAGGUGGCCAUUGCAAAUCCGAUAUUCGCACAUAGUCAACUAGCUUCUCUGUUCAAGUAUGUCAAUCCAUUGUUAAGGUCACCAAUAGUGGGUGAUGUUGCCUAUGAAACAAUGAUGAAGCUUUCAAGAUGUACUGCUGCACCGCUUUGUAAUUGGGCCCUUGACAUUGCCACUGCUUUACGCUUAAUUACAACUGAUGAGAUUCAGGUUCAGUUGGAUUUGAUUCCUUUGGUUGUUGAAGGAGAACAAAAUGCUAUACCUUCUUUGGGUCUUUUUGAGCGAAUUGUUACUGGCCUUUCUGCAUCUUCUAAAUAUGGACCUCUUCCUGUAGAUUCUUUUACUUUUGUUUUCCCAAUAAUGGAGAGAAUUCUGUUGUCCUCUAAGAAGACGGGGCUUCAUGAUGAUGUGCUUCGUAUUCUUUACUUGCAUAUGGAUCCCUUACUCCCACUUCCUAGGCUAAGAAUGCUAUCAGUUCUUUACCACGUUCUUAGUGUUGCCCCAGCUUAUCAAGCUUCUGUUGGCUCUGCGCUAAAUGAGUUGUGUCUAGGUCUGCAACCAGAUGAAGUGGCACCUGCUCUGUAUGGAGUUUAUGCUAAAGAUGUUCAUGUGAGAAUGGCAUGCCUGAAUGCCAUUAAAUGCAUUCCUGCGGUUGCUGGUCGAUCUCUUCCUCAAGAUGUUGAGAUUGCUACAAGCAUAUGGAUUGCUUUACAUGAUCCAGAAAAGUCAGUUGCAGAAAAAGCAGAAGAUAUAUGGGAUCGCUAUGGGUACGACUUUGGGACUGAUUAUUCUGGACUUUUUAAAGCUCUUUCCCACAUUAAUUACAAUGUUCGGUUGGCUGCGGCGGAGGCAUUAGCUGCUGCUUUGGAUGAAUGCCCUGAUACCAUACAGGAAUCUCUUUCUGCCUUAUUUUCACUGUAUAUCCGAGAUUCUGGUUUAUUGGAGAAUAAUGUUGAUGCUGGCUGGCUGGGUCGACAAGGAGUUGCUUUGGCAUUACACGCUGCUGCUGAUGUAUUGAGAACAAAAGACCUUCCUGUUGUCAUGACAUUUCUGAUUUCACGAGCACUGGCAGAUCCUAAUGCAGAUGUUCGAGGAAGAAUGCUUAAUGCUGGCAUCAUGAUUAUCGAUAGGCAUGGCAAAGAAAAUGUUUCCUUAUUGUUUCCCAUCUUUGAGAACUACUUGAACAAAAAGGCAUCAGAUGAGGAGAAAUAUGAUUUGGUUCGCGAGGGUGUUGUUAUUUUCACUGGGGCAUUGGCAAAGCAUUUGGCAAAGGAUGAUCCUAAAGUUCAUACUGUUGUAGAGAAAUUGUUAGAAGUUCUGAACACCCCUUCAGAAGCUGUUCAAAGAGCAGUCUCUGUGUGCUUAUCUCCAUUAAUGCAAUCAAAGCAGGAUGAUGCUCAGGCACUCAUUACUAGGCUUUUGGAUCAAUUAAUGAAGUGUGAAAAGUAUGGGGAGCGUCGUGGAGCAGCUUUUGGGCUAGCUGGAGUAGUCAAGGGAUUUGGAAUCUCUUCCUUGAAGAAAUACAACAUUGUGACCGUACUACGAGAAGGUCUCGCAGACAGGAACUCUGCAAAAUGUCGUGAAGGAGCCUUGCUGGGAUUUGAGUGUCUUUGUGAAACACUUGGACGAUUAUUUGAGCCUUAUGUGAUUCAAAUGUUACCAUUACUUCUGGUUUCCUUCUCGGAUCAAGUUAUUGCUGUUCGUGAUGCUGCUGAAGGUGCUGCUCGUGCAAUGAUGUCGCAACUCAGUGCUCAGGGGGUGAAGUUGGUCCUUCCAUCUCUCUUAAAGGGUCUUGAGGAUAAAGCUUGGCGAACAAAGCAAAGUAGUGUUCAAUUACUUGGUGCAAUGGCCUAUUGUGCUCCUGAGCAAUUGUCCCAGUGUCUUCCUAAGAUUGUACCAAAACUGACAGAGGUUUUAACAGAUACCCAUCCAAAAGUCCAGUCAGCUGGGCAAACCGCACUUCAACAGGUGGGGAGCGUAAUAAAAAAUCCAGAAAUAUCUUCCCUUGUACCUACACUUUUGAUGGGUCUUACAGAUCCCAAUGACCAUACAAGAUACUCCCUUGAUAUUCUUCUGCAAACUACUUUUAUUAAUUCAAUUGAUGCACCGUCACUUGCAUUAUUAGUUCCAAUCGUUCAUAGGGGACUAAGAGAGAGAAGUGCUGAGACAAAAAAGAAAGCAGCACAAAUUGUUGGAAAUAUGUGUUCAUUAGUUACAGAACCAAAGUAUAUGAUUCCAUAUAUUGGGUUGCUUCUUCCUGAAGUUAAAAAGGUUCUAGUGGAUCCAAUUCCGGAAGUUCGUUCAGUUGCAGCAAGAGCUCUUGGAUCACUUAUACGUGGAAUGGGUGAAGAAAAAUUCCCAGAUCUUGUUCCUUGGUUAUUAGAUACACUGAAAUCUGAUAAUAGUAAUGUUGAGCGUUCUGGAGCUGCUCAGGGAUUGAGUGAGGUUUUGGCUGCCCUUGGAACCGAGUACUUUGAGCAUUUACUUCCUGAUUUUAUUCGAAACUGUUCUCAUUCAAAGGCAUCUGUACGCGAUGGAUAUUUGACACUUUUUAAGUAUUUCCCGAGGUCAUUGGGCACCCAGUUUCAGAAGUAUUUGCAGCAGGUCUUGCCUGCAAUUUUAGAUGGUCUUGCCGAUGAAAAUGAAUCUGUACGUGAUGCAGCGCUAGGGGCAGGACAUGUCCUGGUUGAACAUUAUGCAGCAACAUCUUUGCCUUUGCUCCUCCCGGCCGUAGAGGAUGGCAUAUUUAAUGAUAGUUGGCGUAUUCGGCAAAGCUCUGUGGAAUUGUUAGGUGAUCUUUUAUUUAAGGUUGCUGGAACUUCUGGCAAAGCCUUACUUGAGGGUGGCAGCGAUGAUGAAGGUGCUAGUACUGAAGCACAGGGGCGUGCUAUCAUUGAGGUUCUUGGAAAGGAAAAACGUGAUGAGGUUCUUGCUGCAUUAUAUAUGGUUCGAACUGAUAUCAGUCUAUCAGUGCGUCAGGCUGCCUUACAUGUUUGGAAAACUAUAGUUGUAAAUACUCCAAGAACUCUGAAAGAUAUAAUGCCAGUCUUGAUGAAUACGCUUAUUACUUCUCUUGCUUCAUCAUCAUCUGAGAGGCGACAGGUUGCAGGGCGAGCACUUGGUGAGCUUGUCCGUAAGCUUGGGGAAAGAGUACUGCCUCUAAUCAUACCAAUUUUAUCCAAAGGACUGAAGGAUCCAGAUGCAAGCAGAAGACAAGGAGUAUGUAUUGGUUUGAGUGAAGUGAUGGCCAGUGCUGGUAAAAGUCAGUUAAUAAGUUUCAUGGAUGAGCUCAUCCCAACUAUUCGGACAGCGCUUUGUGAUAGCACACCUGAAGUUCGCGAGUCUGCAGGCCAAGCUUUCAGCACUCUCUACAAGAGUGCUGGAUUGCAAGCAAUUGAUGAAAUCGUCCCGACCCUUUUGCAUGCUUUGGAGGAUGAUGAGACUUCUGAUACUGCUCUUGAUGGCCUCAAGCAAAUCUUGAGUGUCAGGACUUCAGCUAUUUUACCCCAUAUUUUGCCGAAGCUGGUCCAUCUUCCUCUUUCUGCUUUCAAUGCACAUGCAUUAGGAGCUUUUGCUGAGGUUGCUGGACCUGGUCUGAAUCCUCAUCUUGGUAUUGUUCUUCCUGCUCUACUCUCUGCAAUGGUUGGUACUGACAAGGAUGUUCAAAAUCUGGCUAGGGAGGCAGCAGAGACUGUGGUCUUAGUCAUUGAUGACGAAGGUAUCGAAUAUCUUAUACCGGAGCUUCUUAGAGCCUCUAAUGAUAGUCAGGCAUCAAUAAGAAGAAGCGCUGCAUAUCUCAUUGGAUAUUUCUUUAAAAACAGCAAACUAUAUUUGGUUGAUGAAGCUCCAAACAUGAUAACCACCUUGAUUGUUUUGCUUAGUGAUUCAGAUUCAGCUACUGUUGCGGCUGCUUGGGAAGCUUUGUCAAGGGUUGUAGGUUCUGUUCCCAAGGAUGUACUUCCUACCUAUAUUAAACUAGUACGAGAUGCUGUUUCUACAUCUAGGGAUAAAGAACGGAGGAAAAAGAAGGGGGGACCAGUUCUCAUACCAGGAUUUUGCCUACCCAAAGCACUUCAACCAUUGCUCCCUAUAUUUCUUCAAGGUCUGAUAAGUGGUUCAGCGGAAUUAAGAGAGCAGGCUGCACUUGGUCUUGGGGAACUGGUUGAAGUGACUAGCGAACAAUCCUUAAAAGAGUUUGUUAUCCCAAUAACAGGGCCUCUUAUUCGGAUAAUAGGUGAUCGAUUCCCUUGGCAGGUCAAAAGUGCCAUUCUUUCUACUUUAACCAUCAUGAUAAGAAAGGGUGGGAUGGCCCUGAAACCUUUUCUUCCUCAGCUUCAAACAACAUUUGUUAAAUGCCUACAGGAUAGCACAAGGACUGUACGUUCGAGUGCUGCCCUUGCACUAGGGAAGCUUAGUGCUCUCAGUACCAGGAUUGAUCCUUUAGUGGGUGACCUCCUAAUCAGUUUGCAGGCAUCAGAUGGUGGUGUUCAGGAGGCUAUUUUGUCUGCUCUGAAAGGUGUUCUAAAGCAUGCUGGGAAGAGUGUUAGUGAGGCUGUUAGAACACGUGUGUAUGUUACUCUUAAAGAUUUGAUUAAUCAGGAUGAUGAACAGGUUCGCAUAUCUGCUGCAAGUAUUUUGGGUAUUACAUCCCAGCACAUGGAUGUAGCUCAACUGGGUGAGUUGCUGCAGGAAAUCUCAGAUUUGGUCUCCUCUCCUAGCUGGUCUGUUAGGCAUGGUUCAGUACUCACAAUUUCUUCCAUUCUAAGGCAUAAUCCAUCAGCAAUUUAUACUUCUACAGUGUAUCCUUCUAUCUUGCGCCAUCUUAAAAACACUUUGAAAGAUGAAAAGUUCCCUCUUCGUGAAGCUUCGACAAAGGCAUUUGGAAGACUUCUGCUUUGUCAAAUUCAAAGCGAUCCAUCAAACUCUUCCGCACAUUUAGAUAUUAUUUCGUGCCUAGUCUCAGCUCUGCGUGAUGAUUCCAGUGAAGUCAGAAGAAGGGGAUUAUCUGCUCUUAAAGCAGUUGCAAAAGCAAAUCCUUCUAUUGUUUUGGGUUAUGUGAAUGUGAUUGGUCCUGCACUUUCUGAGUGUAUGAAGGAUGGAAGCACUCCCGUGAGACUUGCUGCGGAAAGAUGUGCUCUGCAUGUCUUCCAAUUAACGAAGGGCACGGAAAAUGUUCAAGCUUCCCAAAAGUUCAUCACAGGCUUGGAUGCUAGACGAUUAUCAAAAUAUCAAGAUCAUAGUGAUGGCAGUGAUGAUAGUGAGGAUGAGUUGAGAAGUGGUUGAGAAAGUGUUUUUUUGCAACACCAUUGUGCUGGAUCAGAGACAAAAAUGAGUAGAUAGAGAAAAUAGAGGCAAUGAUACCCAAUUUUUCGGACCUGGGUGUUUUUCUUUUUUAAAUUCAAAUGUUAUUAAAUUAUUUUGAGGAUCGUGUAUAGGAAUAAUUUAUGGCUUUUUGUAAUCUAUUCUCUUGUGACUAUCUCCUAUACCAUUUUUUUUGAAGUUGAAUGUAUUAAAGAGCUCGCUUAUUGGGAGAAAAAGUAAUGUAGAAUAAGGUCUUCCCAGUUGUCAAUUUUGGGUAUCAACUUGUAACAUUAUAAUGAGCAAGUACGGAUUUUAAAACUAA